AUGUUUUCCCGAACGGUGCUCGCAAGAGCCUUCGCACUGCCAUUCGAGCAGUCCGCCCGGCCUCUCAACACCACCUUCGGGGCCUGUCUGCGUCAAGCAUCAACGACGACCACGACCUCGCAAUCACACCUUGAGCAGCCCUCAGAACCACUAAGCGCAACCCCCCGCGCUCAGACCAGCACACCUAGCCAACAACCACCCACCUCCACACCGUCGAAUACCAUCCCAACCCCCAAACUCCCCGUGGCUCCGACCUUCACCUCCCCGUUAAAAGUGACCCAAUCCCUUCUCGAGAAGCUGCCGUACCUGACGAGCCAAAAGCCGUACUACAUCACUGCUCAUCUUCACGACAGCCCCUACCUUCUCACUGAGGGUGAUCACCUCCGUCUCCCUUUCUUGAUGCCCAAGGUGAAGACCGGGGAUGUCAUUCGUUUCAAUCGGGCAUCUGUUCUGGGAUCUCGCGAGUUUACGCUCAAGGGGGCACCAUACAUCGAUGAGCGGCUAUUUGAGUGCCGAGUACGUGUUAUGGGAGUUGAUUCGGAGCCAUUGAGGGUGAAGGAGAAGACGAAGCGCAGACAGCGACAUGUGAGACAGGUGCGUAGCAAGCAUCGGUAUACCUUGCUGAGGGUGAUGGAUGUCAAAGUGAAGACUGCGGAUGAGUUACUGCAGGAGGGUGCCGUUGUUGUUGAGGAUGGGCAGGAGGUGGAAGUCAAGGCAUAG